AUGCAGACCAUGAACUUCUUGUCUACUGAGCAUCUUUCUGCUGCUGGCUCCCGUGCCAUGGUGGACAAUGGGGACCUUCUGGGAGCGCACACUGCACAGGAAAGGCACUCCGAGAUUAGCGAAGAAAGGCCUUCCUUGCUGUUAAGACCCCGGAGGAAAAAGUCACUCGUGCCUUCAUUUAUCCAUCUGGCUGCGAUCCUUGCGUCUUUGGGAGCGGUAUAUGUGCUCCUCCGUUGUUUCAAGAAGACUACUCUUGGCCACGGGCAGGGGGCAGUUUUGAGGUCGUUAGCUAAUGAGGGUGAGGACGAGUGUGCACGGAUCCCCCACAGCGAUGGAGGCCUGGGCGAUGACGGUUUCCAUUGGUGGCCCUCAUUCCUGAGGAGUUCAGCUAUGCUGGCUCCAUUGGAGCCUGAAUAUGGUGGUGCACACUGGGGAGAAGAAAUGCUCCCAAGAGCAGAAGAAGCUGGAGGCAUGUAUACCGGAGCAGUGAGGGAACUUGAAGAAGAAACAGUGCUGAUGAGCGAAGGGACCAUAACAACUGGUUUCGAGGGGAUUCCAUCAGUUCCUUCACUACCGGCUUAUUAUGUUGAUGCAUCUUGGGGAGCUGGAAUGUUGUCCGCAGCAGGGGAAACAGAGGCACAGAAAAUUGGACCAGUGGGAGGGGUUCCAGUAGCCCAGCUAAUGUGGGUGGGAGCGCAGGACUGGCCCAGUUCAGGAAGCGGGAAAUCUGGCAGGCACAACGGGAGUGGUCCUCAACGCUCAGGCACCUUGAGGGAUGCAGCAUCUGGACGGGGCCUUUGGAGGAAUCGAGAAGUAGCAAACGACACCAAAGCCCAACUGGAGAAGAUGCUAACGAACAUUUGCUUCUUCUCGAAUCUCUGCCAGAGCAUCCAGCCGUAUAUCGGGGAGUGUCAAAUGUUACGACUUACAGCUGCAUUGAUGCAUGUACUGGUCGCACAGCUAGCUGUCCAUUCACUAACUUCACCAUCCAUGGAACCCCUUCGGGCGCAGGCCGGCAAUGCUCUUCUCAAUUUAGCCAAUCGCGCUCUGGGACUGGCCAACGGUGCGCCUGGCCUGGAUGAAUACCGAACCCCUCUUGAAAAGUUGAUUGUGUUUACGAAAGCAGCCAUGCUUCCACGACCACAUGACAAGGAGUUCAACGACCAGAAGUUCAAAAGCAAGAUACUUGGAAUGUUGGGCUUCAGUGUGGUUGUGCACUGGUACUUGAUGGGGAUCAUGCUGGGUUUGCAGUACGAACUAAACUUAUCUGGUGGUACCCUAGACGAUGA